AUGGGUCUGUUGCCGGUGGAGGUUGCUUUUCUGGUUUUGUUGACCGGAUCACAGGGGAUGUCUGCGACGUGCGUGGAACGGGAAGAGCAUAUACUGCGCUAUUUAAUUUCAUCGCAGCCGCCGUAUGAUAACUACUACAAUAUUUCUAAGGCGGUUUAUCCGUCUGUGGAUUUGCCGUCUUUGCUUAUCAAGAUCACUGUUAAGUUCCCACAUGACAGCGGCAAUCUCACUCAUUUAGCCGCAUCGUCCCGAUCUCCGAUCAAUGGUAGUACUUCCAAUAUCUCACAGACAGAGGAAAAUAUCCUCGAAACUACAGAAACGAAGAUCACGACAUACAAGUUCACGUGGAGUGCAUCCUGUUUGUAUGUCAGUGGAGGAAGCAUAAGCUUGGCUUCCAUGAAUGCGUUUUCCUUGUGGGCUAUUUAUCCAAACAGGCGAGAAAGACAGCUGCACUUGACAUUGCCACAGUUCUGCAGGAGAUUUUCUGCUGACACCAUGAUCUACUUCCUUUCCACGGUAGGACUUUUAGCCAUUUCUUUAUUAUUGUUAACUUAUCAUCAUCAUCAUCAUCAUCAUCAUCAUCACCAUCAUCAUCACAAACAUCGUCAUCAUCAUCAUUAUCAUUAAGGGUGGGAGAAACAUACUAAGUUGCAAUCAAGGAAGUAGUGAUUACCCCUUUUGUUUAAACUGAUUUUCUUCUGCAUUUCCCUGAAUAGUCAGGUCUCUUAAGGUCAGGAUCGUUACAGAGUUGACAAAAGCACCAAACUUUGCACAGCCAUAGCUUAUUGCAGUACCAUGAAUAUUAGAGGGGGUGGCCAAUGCAAAUAUGCCACUGAAGCGUGCUAAGCAGGAUUUAAUUAUUGUAAAUUCCACCUGCUGGGGUCCCUGUGGUGUUUUGUUUGAAAAUUAUUUAAUACCUUGAGUCACUCAGAGUGCUCCUCUCAUGUUGUAAACAACAAUUUCACUCGAACAUCUGGCAUUUCCAUCCAUUAUUAGCUUAUUAAUUGUAUAAUUAAGUUGUUUAUUACUGUGCCCUUAAAGCAAGUCCACAGUCCGCCCACAUUUUCAUAAGUCAUUUCUAAGAUGGCCUCGUCUUUGCUUCAUAACUUGCAAGUACUCAGNCUCCGAUCAAUGGUAGUACUUCCAAUAUCUCACAGACAGAGGAAAAUAUCCUCGAAACUACAGAAACGAAGAUCACGACAUACAAGUUCACGUGGAGUGCAUCCUGUUUGUAUGUCAGUGGAGGAAGCAUAAGCUUGGCUUCCAUGAAUGCGUUUUCCUUGUGGGCUAUUUAUCCAAACAGGCGAGAAAGACAGCUGCACUUGACAUUGCCACAGUUCUGCAGGAGAUUUUCUGCUGACACCAUGAUCUACUUCCUUUCCACGGUAGGACUUUUAGCCAUUUCUUUAUUAUUGUUAACUUAUCAUCAUCAUCAUCAUCAUCAUCAUCAUCACCAUCAUCAUCACAAACAUCGUCAUCAUCAUCAUUAUCAUUAAGGGUGGGAGAAACAUACUAAGUUGCAAUCAAGGAAGUAGUGAUUACCCCUUUUGUUUAAACUGAUUUUCUUCUGCAUUUCCCUGAAUAGUCAGGUCUCUUAAGGUCAGGAUCGUUACAGAGUUGACAAAAGCACCAAACUUUGCACAGCCAUAGCUUAUUGCAGUACCAUGAAUAUUAGAGGGGGUGGCCAAUGCAAAUAUGCCACUGAAGCGUGCUAAGCAGGAUUUAAUUAUUGUAAAUUCCACCUGCUGGGGUCCCUGUGGUGUUUUGUUUGAAAAUUAUUUAAUACCUUGAGUCACUCAGAGUGCUCCUCUCAUGUUGUAAACAACAAUUUCACUCGAACAUCUGGCAUUUCCAUCCAUUAUUAGCUUAUUAAUUGUAUAAUUAAGUUGUUUAUUACUGUGCCCUUAAAGCAAGUCCACAGUCCGCCCACAUUUUCAUAAGUCAUUUCUAAGAUGGCCUCGUCUUUGCUUCAUAACUUGCAAGUACUCAGCUUCUGGGGUUCUCUUCUCAUUUCUAAUGUAUUUCAAUUAGAGGAGGCCUUAUUGUGUGGCUUAAGCCAUAUUUAUCAAGUAUUACUUGUCAUUACAUGUCACUUUAAGCUAAAGAAAGCGUAUGGCAUAGCAAUUCACACACAAAAUUUCAGAAAAAAGAAAUUGUCAAAGAGUCUGUCGUAUCACUUAUCAGGGAUUUAUGACUGCUGUUCAUAAAGAGCAAAUAACGAAAUGACAGAACCCAAGAUAGUUCUUUCCUAAGGAGGUAAUUAAUUUUUCAGCUUAACAUAGGUCUGAAUGCCUUUCAGUCUCUCUUUAUCUGCUGGAUCGGACGCACGUGCAUGUUUUGACAGAGAAGCAAGCAUUGUGGCACAAGUCAUAUCAUUUACAAUUCCUGCAGUUGGUCUAAGCUUUACAAAGCAAACACAAACAAAAAAGAAUCUGGUCUCUUAAACGAAAAAAGCAGGAAAAAAGAAACAAGUUAGCCCAAGCUUCGAAAAACAGCACAGUUUAUCAUGAGGCCUCUACAUUUGGCAUUGAAGCACUCAUGUCCAAAAAUAAUAACAGCUUAUCAAGUCGUAAAAGUGAGACUCAAGUCGUAAAAGAUUGACUCAAAUGAUAAAUGGUGAAUGGUGUAACUGCUGAAACUGAAGAAAGGGGACCGGGCUAACUUUUAGGGCCUGUUAAUGUGGAGGAGGGGCGCCCGAGGUAGGCAUGGUAACCCACUUAUAGGUGGAGUAACCCACCUGUCCAUAUAGUCUCUCAUGUUAAUUUGAUCACAUUUAUAUGAUAGGUGGGGUGACCCUUCAAGGUAGGUAGCCCGGUCUUUAAUAAUUAUUAUUAAAGGUAACAAUAGAAAGCCACAACACUGAAGGUUGCAGCAAGAGCAGCAAGUGAACGUAGACGUGGUUUGCCAGCAUUUUUCUUGUUUACGUGCUUAGUGACCAUUCAAUAAUCUUGAGAAAGUGCACCCCAGGAUGGUGGGGUUGUAAGAUUUCAUGUAAAGGAGGGUUAUUCUUUUACCCCACCUAAGCAGGUUACGGAGUCACCUACCUGGGGUCCCCCACCUUUAUGUUAACAGGCCCUAAGUCUCAAGAACCGUGAAACUGGUAAUAAACAGUAUACCUAACCUGGGACUAGCUGUGAUACUACUUCCAUCUUCAAAAACGUCAGGAUAGCAGCCAAAGGAGCCAUCAAAUCGGUGUAACACGAAUAUUAGAUUGCGGUGGUUUCAUGCGUCUGGUUUUGUGACUUUAUUUGGGUUCGUUUUUGUCACCUAUCUCUUAAAUUUUAAUCAUAUUCAAAACACCCCUACUAACAAAAUAUUUCAUAAAGCUCUUUAGAAUGAUAUUCACAAAUAAAAACAAGGUGUGACCAGGAGCCGAUUUCUAGGCUCCUGGUGUGGCAACAUAGGCAUAAGUGAAUGCAAAGUUUUGCGGUAUGUGAUCUGUUAGAAAACUGUUUGAGUGGUCAAAGUUGGGGCUGAUGAGCUUCUUUAUCAUGAGCACUGCAUUAUUAUAAGGAACCAGGCCAUACUUAUAGUUGACCCUUGCUUUUUUUGGUAUUUUCUGUAAUUUUCCACAGCAUUAUUUUGUGAAAGGUUGGUAACUGAAUUGCUCUCGAGGAAUUCAUGAUCAUAAGAUUUUGUAACCACGGGGUACUCGCCUAAUUGCAUCAAACAAAUUACAUUCAUUUUCAUAAAUGAAGCAUCAUUGGUUGGCUAAAAGAGGUCUUGUUCCUGUAACUUUCAGCUCUUCUGAAGUUAGUUUGUUUGUAAAUUGUAACGCAGUCGCUAUGACCUUCCUUUAUUUUUUUUGAAAGAUCGUAUAGACCUACCAUUAACACUCUGGUGCGAGGGCUCUGAAGUGAAUGAGCUCCUUACAGGUGUCUAGGCAUGCAGCAGGGACCUCAUACACUUCUUUUUAAAUGCAAAUGUGUUAAAAAAUAAAUAGUGUUAAAAAUUCCUGGAGAGGCAUGUUUUCCAACCUCGUCCCCAGGGCUUAAUAAAAGAGGUACAAAAAGGUAAAGCGACCAUACUUUACGUCAAUAACUCAUGACAGUAAUAAUAACUGAUAAACUUGAUGUCGACGGUGCACUCCUUUUACCCGGCCCCCUCUCUCCAUUAAUGCUCUGUUUUAAGGGUAUUUAAAGCUAGUCAAAGCUACACAGAAAGGAGAGAAGUUGAAAUAAGGAUGUGUUGACACCGGGGACUUAAACAUUACCAAAUUAAAAACUUAAAAAUUUGAAACAAAUAUUUUUUAGCCAAAUCAAACAAGAAGAGUACUCACCACAGGAAACCCAAUCUGCUAUUAUGGGUGAAAGUUAACCCCCCCCCCUUUUAUCCGUAAUUAGGACCAUUUGUAACAGGCACCCCCUCUAGUAUUAAUCAGGAGGUGCUAACGAAGCUCUGUGCCAAAUUUGACACUUUUGUCACCUUUGUAACGAUCCGGCCUAUAUUUUGCACCAAGAGACCUGACUAGAAGUGUUCUCCUGGAGAUAGCUGAUACCGAUUUAGCUUACACUUCCAAAUUUUUGAGUUCAUAAUUAACAAUUUAUUAUUGGACUCGAGGUUAAGCAAAAUAUUGUGAUUUGUCAGUGGUAAGCAGAUAGACCAUUUUACAUUUAUGAGCUUAGUGCCCUAGCCUCUGAGUGAAUGUGAGGCUGAGGUUGACCUGUUUUGAUACAAACCUCUUUUCUUUUGUUAUUAAAAUUAUGCUGAAAACACUAGUUAGCAAAACAAUAACUUAGAUUAACAUAAUAAAGGAGAAAGGUUUAAUAAUCAAAACAAGGUCAACUCCAGCCUUGUUUCCACCUGUAACUGUAAAAUGGACUAUUAUUUGGCUGAGGCAAAUAAUAGGUCUGCCAGACACUGACAAAUCACAAUAUUUUGCGAUAACCGAGCUCAAUAAUGUUGUUUCAUCAUUCAGUGACUAAGUUUGUUUUUUGAUAAAUAUCUUCGGGAAGCUGCCAUUUUCAUGCAAGAGCAAUAGCAAAAAGGGGAAAAGCUUGGUUUCUUUUGUGUACAAGCAGAGUAUUAUUUGCAGCCAAACACAGUUGGAGGACAUAAUAACACUUUAUUUUUAAUAAGCAGACCAUUAUUUGUAUGCAGUUAUUUGCAGGUCACGUGGUGGUCUGUCAGCCAACGAAAAGGAAAAAAAUUUGCUUCGAAUAAUAAUGUAAAAUAUUACGCAUUUGCAAAUCAUAAGUUUGUCUCAGUGGAUGCCUUUAAAAAAGAAAAGGGUAACUAAAAUAUUAGUAGCACUGGUUUUCUUUGUUUGAGAACAUAGAAUAUUGAGCCUCACUAUGUGUAGCAAUGGGUGUCCUUUUUGUUGCAUGACCAAUCAGAAGCACUACUCAAAUCUGGGUAAUGACACGUCAUCAGGAUGAAAUUUCUGUGGUUGUUCCUUAGACGACAUUUCACGAGGAAACCAGUGGUGGCGUCCUGACAAAAGAUAGAUUUAGAGCUGUGUUUACAGCAAACAGCAAACAUGUAUUUGUAUCACAUGACCUGCUUUACAUGCUUUCUGUUCAUUAUUUCUACCCCACAUUACAAUUAGUAGCUUCAUGUUAGUCUUGUUUAUAACAAUUGUUUUCGGCCAUUUUGAGCUUGUCAUUUUCUGUUUUGUGAAAUUCUCAACUAGAAUCUGAUGUUUGCAAUUUGCUGUAAACAUCUCUCAAAUUUCUCUAAAUAUCAUAUUUACGAAAUUCCCUAUUUUUUAGAAAAAAAAAGGAUCUUGGGGGUAGUGGGAAAACUGUGGAACUCAUUGUUUAUUUUUCUCCAUAACAUAUGAUUUUAUGAGUAGAAAUUAUCAUGGGCUUUUCCAGUUCCUGCAUUGGCACUCCUGAUGGUUUUGGGCAGGGUGGUGCCAUGGGUGGCAGCAGUGGCAGUAAUGGUAGCAGUGCCAAUAUCAGUAGCAGCAGUAGUAGCAUCAACCUCAUUCCCAAGGUUCUCUUCUAUAGUCAAACCCCACUUUAUGGACACCCACUUAAUAUGAACACCUUGUUAUAUUAUGGACAGUUUGCUUUGUCCGCAGGGAAAGGAAGCCCUUACAUUUUCUCUAAAUUCAACCAGCAUAAUAAGAACACCCCAUUAAUACGGACACUUUCUGUCCCUAUUAACGGUGUUUGACUCUACUUGUCCCCCAAAGUGCAAGUGAGAGAUGGUCUCUCUCUCGCACACACACACACACACACACACAUUCCAGGGGAUUGAUUGGGAGAGAACCAGAGAGUUCUGGGAAUUAAGUGUACGUAGCAGCAACAGCAGAAAUUGCUGCAGUAGCAGCCAUAGUAGUGGCAGCAAUACAGUUAGAAGAGUAGAAGCAGGGGCAUCAGUGGUCAUGCUUCUGGUAUUAUUAUUAGCAGCAGCAGUAGCAGUAGUACCCAGUAGCAACAGAAGUAUGUUGUGUAGCAGUGCAGCAGGAGGAAGAGCAGCCACAGCAGCAGAAGCAGCAGUAGUAUAGUAGUUGUCAUCGUUUUGGGUUUGUCGUUUUUUUAUGCGAUUUUAGGCAACUUUUAGAGAGUGUUUUGUUUUAGUAGUGAUGUUCUUGCUUUGAUUUGUAGUUGCAGGACAUAGCAAUAUCACCAAAUAUUCCUGAUCCAAGUCUGAACACAGUGGAGUGUGUUACCGUGGGUCAAGGGAAAGCUCCACCUUUUCCUGAUUGGAAAAACCUGCUUCAUGGAGUGUGCUGGUGUAUUCUUUGCAUAAGUUUGGUAUUCAGUCAAGUUGCUUCGCAGUGGCUUAUAGUGCAGCUAAGGGAAUGGAAGAAUAGCAGCAGAGUUGAAGCAGAAAAAAGGAAAAAUGACAGCCAAGUAGCUGCUGUAAUGUUGUUAUCUAUAGUUGUUUUUAUCACCGGACUUUCCUUGAUUUUUUUCGCCUGGAGUCGCUCCUCUUUUGAGCAAGAUUAUUACAUGUGGGCAUUCUUCACAUCUGCGAUGCUUGUACUUGUUCGGAGGGCACUUUGGUGUUUCUGGCGUAUCUAUAAAAGCGAUAAUAUUGAUGUAUACAAGUUGAGCUUAACUAAGGGCCAUGAGAGUGACCCAAGCGGAAAUGUUAUUUCUUUCUUCACACUUUACCCAGCAAUAUUCAUGGCUUGCCAUCAUUUGCUGUGGAUAUUGCUGGGCGUCAUAACAGAACCAUUUUGGGGUAUUUCAGUUUUAGUGGCUGUCAUUUCUGUUUCUGCUAUUCUCGUUUUCCUUUUUUAUGAUUUUUACGAAUAUUAUCUUUCCCAUGAAUGUAAUGACCACCAGUGUGAAAGAUGUUCUGCCCGUAGAGGCCGGCGACGUGAGUACUGGUUUCCGUUUUUUAUGUCGCUAUUUCUUGUUCUAGGAAGUUGCGCUGCAUCUGUACUGUUAAUAAUUGUUCUGUUAGUAGUUGCACAGUCGUUCCUUAGUGAGAGUCUUGUUUCCACGUUAGUUCAAAAUGGUUUGGUGUUUUUCUCAACUUUGUGGCUUGGAUAUCUGAAGCUACAUCAAGCAAAGAAACCAGCAGAAACCAGGAACAGUGGUAAUGCAGGAAACUCGAACCAGUCCGGUCAACCCAAUGGUUAUGAACUUGUGGAGAUUCAGGUACAAUAG